AUGGCAGCUAUGAAAAUCCCUACAAAUAAACCAAUUGGUUUGAAUGAUAAACCAGGUUGGGGUAAAGCCAAGUUUGAUACGUUCCACAUGACCAGCGGUAUAAGGCAGGGUGCAACACUUAGCCCCUGUCUAUUUAUUGUGUAUGUUGGUGAGUUGAAUAUUCGGCUUAACAAAUGCGAGGUUGGGUGCCAUAGUUCAAAUAUCCCACUAAAUAACCUUUCGUAUGUAAGCCUCAAUGACAUGCUGGAGAUCUGCAACAAGUUUGGCAAGGAUAACUGUAUAAUUUACAGCCAGAGCAAAACAGUUGUUAUGUGUAUUAGACCUAAGAUAAAUAUGAUAACUAACCCUCCAUCAAUCUACUUGAAUGACGUAAGGCUGGGAUAUGUUAAGUCAUUUAAAUACUUGGGUCACAUCAUCAACAGUGAUUUUUCAGAUGAUGAAGAUAUUAUGAAGGAAAAUAGAUUCCUAAAUGCGAGAGCUUCCCUGAGAUUCUUAGACAUGCCUCAUGGAACUAUGAAUAGUGUCUCACAAACUAGCAAUGAACGAAUUAUGUGUAUUGUGAGAGGUGAUGCAAAACAUGUAUCAAAGCAGUGGUCCCAUUGGGAAAACCUAUAUAUUGAUAUCUUUUAUAUCUGUCUGCUAUCACUUUAG